AUGAGCACCACCGCUGGAGUGACUCUCUGCCCAGCUCUUGAGUCUUACGUCAGCGUCAGUCAGCAGACAGGACCAGCCAUUUCCAACGACUGCGGCACCGACUUUUGCCGAAGCUCCGGUGGAAAGAAUUAUUGCUUUGCGCAAAACGAUCUCUGCCCUUACCAGUUGACGGCCAUCACCUAUUCGACGGUGAAAGGACCGGCCGACGCCAACCUCGUCUGCCCACAAACCACCAAGUGCGUUGGAGGGACGACCGACAAUGGAUACACUGGCAACUUCUGCGUC